ACGAGUGGUUCAGUUGAUGCAGUUGCGUUUGCUCCAAAUAAUAGUUAUAUUUAUUGGUUUAUCAGUAGUUUUUAAAGAUAAAUAUUUAUAAAUCCUCUAUGCGUGACUGUAGUCUCUACGAUGUUUAUGUACAACCAUUAUAUUUUGAGUUGAAGCUGUAAAUUCUCUUGUAUUUCGAUAAUAUAACAACAUUUAGACAAUCUAUAUAGCUACACACAAUGAGUUCUACGGACAAAUUAAAGACUGUUUCUUGUGAUGAAGAAAUUCUAUUACCAUCUGCAGAUGAUGGUUUGCAUAAUGAAACAGAAACAGAUACAAAUCAACCAAUCGCAAAUCUUACGCCGGCUGUAGCAGUGACUGGUGAUGGAACCAAUACACCGAGUGAUGAAAUAAAACAAACUGACAAUUCUGAAGUGUUAAAAGAUCAAUUAUGCGAUGAAAAAAGUAAAUCAUCUGUAAGUAGUGAUUUUGAUGAUGACAUUGUUUUAAAAUGGGAUGACGAUGAUGAAGAGAAAGAUAAAUCAACACUAGAUGAAGGUGAAAUAGAUGAGAAUGAACUGUUAAAGGAUAUUGAAGAUGAAAUUACGAAAUUGAGUAGUAAUGAGGAACUAUUGGACAACAAUUUAAUUUCAUCGCCAACAGAGAAACAGAGUUUAAAGGAUCCAAAUGCUAUGUUAGAAAUACCUACCCAAGAAAUAAUUGAAUUUAGCGAUGAUGAAGAGCUUACUGAUAGUUGGAAAAUUAUGCCUGAUGAUGACCUUGAUGAUGAAAUAAUUGACAAAGACACUGUAUCUACAACUGAUGAACCAACUUCAGACAAUAUAAAAGAAAAAAAGGAAAUUGAUGUUGAACCUAAAAUAAAAGAAACUGGUCCUAAAAAUGAUAGUGAAUCUAUUUCAAUUAAAGAUAAUGCUGCAAAUCUAGGUGACUUGAUAUUAGAAUCAUUGGAUGAUGAAGAAAAGAAAAUAGAUAAAGAAUCAGUCAAUAUGGUCUCUUUAACAGUUGAUUCGGAAACAGAAGCUGAUGAUGUUAUUGAUUUAGAUGAUCACACAGAACUGGAAGAUGCACCUACUCCCACAGCUAUAGAGGAACCCAAACCAAUAACUGAAGAAGAGGAACUGCAAAAUGCUAUAAGUGGUAUAGAGCAGUCAAUGAAAGAAUCGGAUAUUUAUACAACUAAUAUAGAUAAAAUCAUUCAAGAAAUAGAACCUGCUCAAAAUGAUGAUCAUGAUGAUCCUGAGCAAGAUGCUUCAGUAGCAGAUGAGUAUAAAACACCAGAUACAAUGGAAACUGAACUUAUUAAAAAAACAGAAAGUGAACAGUCUUGUGUAGAUGAAAACAUUGAAGCGGAUGUAGUGGCUAGUGAGCAGGAUCUUAAAGAAAUUGACAUUCUGCCUCUGAAUAGUGUAGAAGAUACAAAGAUUAUAAAAGAAGAAGAGCAAAUAAGUCAAAUAGACACUAUUACUGAAGAUAAAGAAAUGCAUGUUGUACCAACAGAUAGUGUAGUGGUGUCUAAAAAUUUACAUGUAAAUGACGAAUUAUUUACGAAUGAAUCUUUAAUAACGGCUAAACAGGAUGAAAUUAAUAAACCUACACCCAUAGAAGAAGUAAAACCUGAUGAACUUGAAGUUAUAGCAUCUGAAGUUUUGAAAAAUACAAAAUGCUCACAGCAAGAUUUAAGAAAAGACGAAAAAGUUAACAAUAAUUCAAAUAGCGACUCUGUCAAACAAAAUCUGGGAACUUCCAUACCUGACAAAGACAUAGAAAAAACGUCUUCAAACAUAGAAUGUUUGCCGUCAACAUCAAAAGAUUAUGUAGCAAAAUCUGAAAAUACAGAAGAUCCAGGAACUUCGAAAUCUGUAGUAGAAGAAUGUUUACCAUCAACGUCUAAACAUGAUCCAAGUAUACAAUCAGAUACAGAUGGACUAAACAAUGUACAGGAUACAUCUGACAGUCUUGGGCUGCUCGCAGAAUCUUCUAGAGUGAUAGAUGACGAUGAAGAUGGUGAUGAUGAUGAUGACGGCGAUGAUGAAGACGAGUUCGAUCCUGAUGAUGAAAGUAGUAACCAAAUGACUGCAGAGCAAUCAGAAGAUUCUAAUGCUAGAUAUGAAAGUGACGGACAAAAAGAUACACCUCAAGAAGAGAAGAGUCACAAAGAAGAAGAUACAUUUCCGUUACAUAAGGAAAUAGAAGGAGAAUCUGUGGAAAAGGCCCCAGAUACAGCUCAAAGUGAUGAAACAGAUAAGAAUCAGCCUGAUGGUAUUAAAAUGGAUGUCCCAGAUCAAGAAAAUGCUGAUAUGGAAAUAUUCAAACUAUCGGAUACGGAUACAGAUGAUGGAGAUAUUAAAACUAAGACGGAGUCUAAAACUGAUGAAGAGACAGCCAAAGAAGAGUCGGCGACGAAUUUCGUGGAUCUGGAGGGAAGUUCGUCAGAGGAUGAUACCCCCGAGCAAAACAACCAAACGGACAUACAGAACGUGACGUCCGUGAACAUCCCUGCUAAUAUUGAUGUGAUGUCGUCGACGUGUAGCUCGAACCCUUGUAGCGUUGCUAUCGUAAAUAAAGAGGGCGAUGUCGUCAUAAGUGGUAUACCUAAAAUGCCACCUGCGAGACCUGCCAGGCUCGAUACCAGUGAAGUUUCCAUAAAAACAACAAAAACACCAAGCCUCGAAGUGUUUAACUUGGAUUCGGACGAUGAAGAACCGAAAGGUUUGGAAGAUCAAGGUAAAAGCGAACAUGAAUGUAUCGACAAACAGAACGUCGCGCAGGAAGCGGAGGAGUUGGCAGACGAGGUAACCGACUGCGCGCGCAAAAAGAAGUGCGUCAACGAGUCGUGUCCGAACUACUCCCGUGUAUACUACGUGGCUGACAACAGCACUGUCUCCUUCUACGAGGGGAAGAAGAAUCGUUACUACGUGUGCUCCACCUGCGCUGAUGUGGUGGCUGCGAGAAAUGCUAAAUUAAUAGAAGGCAUCCGCAAUUUUGAGGAUCUACUGACCCUCGAUCUCGGCAAAGAUUGCAAAGACCCCAUAGAGGUGUUGGACUCUGAUUCCGAUGAGGACGUGGACCCUGAAGAUGUGGAAAAGGAUCUGGUCGGCGAGGAGGGAGCUAAGUUACUGGAAGAGCAAUUGGCGGACAUGAUAAAUGCCACGUGGGAUAAAUUCAAAAUGGACACCCGCUUGCUCGACACCGUCGACGCGUUGAAGAAGCAAAUGGCCGACUUAGAAAGUGAAGGUAUGCAGGUGGACGCCAUGCUAAAAGAAUGCCAGGCGUCGACGGACAAGCUGCGGAACGAACUGUACGCGACGUUCCAGCCGGAAAUACAGGAGUUGCCGGCUCUGUGCAUUGUGGACACGCUGAAUACUUCCUACACAUCAUUGGAGGCGUCGCCUAACCAGUCUGAGACGCGUAAUUUAAAACGACGCAUGUCACCGAGCAACAAUACGUCGUCUAAACGCGCCGCCAUACCGCUGCGAUACACCCCGCUCACUGGCGACACGCAAGGACAGAGGGUUAGUGCUUGUUAUGACGACGCAUCGGCAGAUAAAUUCGAAGAUGAUAACACGGAUAUAGCGGUGGUGAAACUGUCGGCGGAAGUCGCCCCGGCGGACUUGCCCCCGCCCGGGAACAUUGUCCGGGCUGCGUUGCGGCCCGGGAUGGACGUGUUCGCGAAGCGGAAGGAAUUGCGGUCCUGGGGAAAAGCCGUGAUCGUUGAAGUGGGGGGCGCUUCGGUUACAGAAUAUACAAACUGUCGUGUGAAAUUCGAAGCGUCACCCCGCAAUUUGUACAAAAAUCUCACCGCACAGUGCUUAGCGUAUUUCGAGCCGGCCAAGGCCAGACUGACCAUUGGUACUCGAGUGAUAGCUCUAUACGAAGACACAAAUCAAAAGCGUCAAUUGCAAAAGAAAAACGACUCCUUCUACGCCGGCGUGGUUGCCGAAAUACCGAAUCCUGUUAAUAAUUAUAGGUACCUGAUCUUCUUCGACCACGGCUACGCGCAAUACGCGAAGCACAAGAACACGCGGCUCGUGUGCGAAUGCUCCUCCUUCGUGUGGGAGGAGGUGUACUCCGCGUCGAAGGAUUUCGUGAGGAAAUACCUAAUGGAGUACCCGGAGAGGCCGAUGGUCAGGUUGCACGCUGGACAAUCUAUUAGGAUAGAGUGGAGAGGCAAAUGGUGUCCAGCGAAAGUGCUGAAAGUGGACGCGUCUCUGGUCCUAGUGCAAUUCGGCAAGGACCUCCAGGAGAGGGUGGAGUGGAUCUACCGCGGCUCCAACCGGCUGGAGCCGCUGUUCCUGGAGCAGCAGGCGGCCGAGAGGCACAGGCCUAGGGCUCUGCCCCGUGCGCAAGCGCAUUCUAGGACCAACAUACCAUACGUAGAAUACACAAGGUCAGAGGAGCAGAUGAAGUCGAAUGAGUCUGCGUCUCAAAAGGAUGUUGUUAACGAGGACAUACGUCGCCAACGCGCCGUGGCCAAGAAGUCAACAACACAGCCUUCACAGACCACUCCGCCUGUGUCUUCAAAAUUGGACAAUUUCACCAGUCGGGUUGUGUACUACACGCCCAAGAACGCAGUGCGUCCGCACCGCAUAACGGGCCCGCACCUGUGCGGCGCUGCGUGCGCGCGCCGCGACGUGCUGGCGCUGCGCGACCUGCGCACCUACAACCCGCUCGCCAAGCCGCUGCUCAGCGGCUGGGAGAGGCAAAUAGUCCGCUGGAAGGGCAACAAGGGCGUGAUGUACCGGGCGCCGUGCGGGCGGCGCGUGCGCAACAUGAAGGAGCUGCACAAGUACCUGCGGACGGUCGGCUCCGACAUGGGCGUGGAUCUGUUCGACUUCAACCCCAACACGCACUGCCUGGCCGAGUUCGUGAUAAAUAAGUGUCUCAUCUCGAAGAAGGACCUGUCGCACGGCAAGGAGAACGUGCCGGUGCCGUGCGUGAACUACUACGACGAGUCGCUGCCGGAGUUCUGCUCGUACAACACGGAGCGCACGCCCACCGCCGGCGUGCCGCUCAACCUCGACCCCGCCUUCCUCUGCGGCUGCGACUGCGACGACGACUGCGCGGAUAAAACCAAGUGCGCGUGUUGGAAGAUGACUCUGGAAGGUGCUAGAACGAUCGGCCUGGAUGGCGCCAAUGUCGGCUACGUGUAUAAGAGGCUGCCCGAACCGCUGCCCUCCGGUAUAUAUGAGUGUAACUCUAGGUGUAAAUGUAAAUCCACUUGCUUAAACAGAGUGGCACAACACCCGCUACAGCUGAAAUUACAAGUGUUCAAGACAAUGAACAGAGGUUGGGGCAUUCGUGCCCUCAACGAUGUGCCCAAGGGGGCAUUUUUGUGUAUAUACGCGGGGAACCUGCUCACCGAUGCCACUGCCAAUUUGGACGGUCUCAACGAGGGCGACGAGUAUUUGGCGGAGCUCGACUACAUAGAGGUCGUGGAGCAAAUGAAAGAGGGAUACGAAGAGGAUAUACCGGAGUCCAUUAAGCAAUUGGAUAAGAAGGAGAGCGAUAAGACAUCAGACGAGAGUGAGACAGCGGAGUCGUCGACGUCGGAGGAGGAGAAGAGUGCAGAGAAGGAUGAUGAUGAUGAAUUCGUGCCGGCGUAUAUUGGCUCUGGAGUUAUGAAGUUCAACAAGCGUUUGAGGAAGAGAACAAAGAAUAAUGAAGAAAAAGAGAAAGAGGACACUGAGGCGGAGAAAGAAAAAGAGAAGAAGAGCAGUGAUGACUGUAUCACGAUCAGCGAUGAUGAAGAUGUGCGCGAACCUUCGCGGUUCACAGCCGCAGCUGGAAUGGGAGGCAGCGAGUUUCUCUCCAAAUAUAAGUCGGUUCGCACUCUGUUCGGCGAAGACGAAGCGUGCUAUAUCAUGGACGCUAAGGUGCAGGGCAACAUUGGACGAUAUCUUAACCACUCGUGCUGCCCGAACGUGUUCGUGCAGAACGUGUUCGUGGACACGCACGACCCGCGCUUCCCGUGGGUCGCGUUCUUCGCGCUGACGCACAUCCGCGCCGGCCGCGAGCUCACCUGGAACUACAACUACGACGUGGGCUCCGUGCCCGGGAAGGUGCUGUACUGCCACUGCGGCGAGCCGAACUGUAGGGGCCGCCUACUCUAGCUGAGUGCUCGUCGUCUUCAUCGUCAUCAUUAUCAUCAUCAUCAUCAUCAUCAUCAUUAUCAUCAACAUCAUUAUCCACAUCAUCAUCAUCGUCGUCGUAGUCAUUAUCAUCGUCAUCGCCAUGACCAUCAAUAUAAUCGUCAUCGUAAAAAAGUAAUAUCACCACUAGUACUACCAAUGAUUGUCAUCAUCUUCACCGGGUCUUAUUAGGUUUUUAGUCAUCAUUAUAUAGAUGUCGUCAUCUUAAUCAAUUAUAUUCAUCUUCUUCAUCUUCAUCACAACCAACAUAAGCAAUAGUAAGCACUAUCAUACUCUUCGUUUCAUACGUUAUCAUUAAAAUUUCCAUUUAAAGCUAAAAUUGUACAAUUGAAAUUAACAAUUCUCUUGAUAAAUUAGAAAUAUAUUGAGAGUGAUGAAAUUUUUUUGGGCAGAGAAUUUUUUUUUUCAGAAUCUCAAGACUGUAUGCUUUAAAAUCAACCUUAUUGCAUAUACGGAUAAAGCUCAACUCGAAUUUUCAUUCUUCUAAAAUACCAGUAAUAUAUGAAUUGGUUUAAAAUUAGGUUUUCAGUGUAGGAACAGUUUUCAGUUCUGAAAAAUAAAUUGUUGUGUUGAUUGCUAUAUGUUUUUAUCAUGACGAUUUUCUAUUUUAUAUUACUAUCCUUUAAUCAUAUAUAUAAGUCCUGCUUAAUUAAAAUAACGUCUGUCAUAAAAUUCUUUAAUAUGGUAUGGUAUGAAUGUACAUAUUAACAGUAAUUAGCAUCGGUUUUAUUACCAGUCUGAUCUAUUCCUUGCUUAAAAAUGAACAAUUCUUGAAAU